AUGGGAGCCGCAGUAUCACGCCGCAAGGAAAAGCCCAGCAACGCUCCUCCGGCCGCGCCAUCGGCACCGGUACAGGCACGGAAGGUGGAAAAGAAGCCAGCGAACGAACCGAAGAAGGCUGAUGUACCCAACACGUCCGACAACGCGAAGAAUGAUGCAGACGACGAUGUUGUUAAGAAGCUUGAGGAGGCAUUCGCCAAGCUGCAGGACGCCGCGGAGUGCCACUCGCUCCUUAAGAAGCACCUGACGAAGGAAGUGUUCGACGAGCUCAAGACGAAGAAGACAACGAUGGGAGCAACACUGAUGGACGUUAUCCAGUCGGGUGUGGAGAACCUGGACUCCGGCGUCGGUGUGUAUGCGCCUGACGCGGAGUCGUACACCUUGUUUGCCCCUCUCUUCGACGCGAUCAUCGAGGACUACCACAAGGGCUUCAAGCCGACCGACAAGCAGCCCCCGAAGGACUUCGGCGACCUCAGCACGCUCGUCGAUCUUGACCCCGAGAGCAAGUAUGUCAUCUCCACACGUGUGCGCUGCGGGCGUAGCCUUGAGGGCUAUCCGUUCAACCCGUGCCUUAAGAAGGAGCAGUACGAAGAGAUGGAGGAGCGCGUGAAGACGCAGCUGGAGUCCAUGACGGACGAGCUGCAAGGGAAGUACCAUCCGUUGACCGGUAUGUCGAAGGAGACACAGCAGCAGCUGAUCGACGACCACUUCCUGUUCAAGGAGGGUGACCGGUUCCUGCAGGCUGCCCACGCCUGUGAGUACUGGCCGACGGGUCGUGGCAUCUACCACAACGACAGCAAGACCUUCCUUGUGUGGGUGAACGAGGAGGACCACCUGCGCAUCAUCUCGAUGCAGAAGGGUGGCAACCUGAAGGAGGUCUUUGGUCGCCUUGUCCAGGCUGUUGGCAUCAUUGAAGAAAAGGUGAAGUUCUCGCGUGAUGAUCGCCUCGGGUUCCUGACCUUCUGCCCCACGAACCUCGGCACGACAAUCCGCGCCAGUGUGCACAUCAAGCUGCCGAAGCUCGGGGCGGACCUCAGCAAGCUGGAGGAGGUGGCGGCCAAGUACAACCUGCAGGUGCGCGGCACCGCCGGUGAGCACUCAGACAGCCCUGAUGGUGUGUACGACAUCAGCAACAAGCGCCGCCUUGGACUCUCCGAGUACGAGGCAGUGAAGGAGAUGCAGGACGGUAUUCUGGAGCUCAUUAAGGCGGAGGAGAAAGCGAAAUAA